AUGAAGAGAUAUUGUUUAGUGGCUUUGGUUCUGCUACUUGUAGCUUUCUUUAGCAGCAAGUAUAGCGUCGAGGGACGUUCUCUUUCAAGGAUUACAAAUUCUAGUCAAGCUGUGAGAGGUUUGCAGAUAAGUAAAGAGACGAAGGAAGGAAACCCGGUUAAAGGAGAAAAAGAUAGCUUCAGAAGAAUCCCAAGGAGUGGUGCAAGCCCUAUACAGAACAAGUGUAAUCCACCAAUAGUUGUUCAAGGAAGUAGGAAACAGCAUAUCACAGCAGCAGCAAGAAAACCUUAG